AUGAAGGACGAGACGGGCAAUCCGAAAGCCACAAAACAAUAUCAGGCUCCACGAGCCACGAAAAAAGACCAGUCUAUGGCAGUCGCUAUCAACGCUAUUCGGCGGUUGGAGUCCAAGAUUGAGGACCUGACAACAGCCAUUAACACGCCCAAGCCUUCGUCUGCAUUGCCGUUUUCACCAGCACCAGCCAUGAUGGACCACCACUCGCCUAGCACCGUCUUCUCUCAACCUAACCCUGGAAGUCAUAUUGUAACCAUACCUCCGAACAACCUGCAGCGGAAUAGGCUAAGCAUACAUGAGCUUGCCAUGUCUCCACAGGUUGUUGGGACGUCUGCCAAGAGUCCGGUCCAUAUGCCUGAAGUUCACGGCGCGGUAGAUCUCUCUUUCAGCCAGCAUCGCGUCGCACUAUGGCCUGCUAUCAAGCAAAUCCUUCCAAGCGAUUUUGUCUCUGCUCGUGCCGAGCUUCCUGAAGACUACAUAGUCGACCGGGAAACAUGCCGACCGCCUCUACCGAUGCAUAUCGAUCGCCCGUAUGGCACGGAAUCAGAAAGUUGGCUGAUGAGCCUUCCACAAUCCGCAGUAAAAGGACUUGCGGAUGCUUACUUUGCUGUAUUUCAUCGCAAUAUGCCUGUUCUGGACAAGUACCACUUCUUCUCGAGCACACUAGGCAUGGCCAUGGAGAAAGAAUUUGGUUAUGACCUUGAAUCUGCCUUGGUGCUGAACGUAUUAGCUCUGGGCUGUCUAGCCGUCAAGGCUCACGAGGAAGGUGAUUUCGCUCUUACCUCUCGUCAAUGCUCUACAAGACGUGGCUUUAUACAGCCUGAGUGGUACGCGCUGAUUACAGACGAUCCACCAGGACUCAACUUCUUCAAUGAGGCAAGAAAGCGGCUUGGCUUUCUCAUGUGCCAAAACGAUUUGCAAGCAGGCCAGUUCUAUAUGCUCUCAACGCUCUAUUACGCACAGAUUCUGCGUCCUCUUGAUUCAUGGACUACUGUGAACAGGGCUGCGCUAUGCUGCGCGAGCAUCCUAGCACGUACUGACACGGUCGACUAUGAAACUUGGGAGGGCGACAUGCUCUCAAGGCUCUUCUGGUGCACAUUGAUGUAUGAGACGGUCAUCACACAGGAGCUCGAUCUUCUUCCCCACAGCGGAUUACUGGAAUACGAGCCUGACAUCCCUUUACCGAAGUUCGCGCAAUGUCCACGGCCUAAGACGUCCAUAUCAGGCCUACUCACCGACGAAAACGAUUCUUUGUUCAAUUUUCACUUCCUUGCUCAGGCUGCGCAUCGCAUCCUCCUAACACGUGUGAAGCAGAGCGUAUACACGUUUGCGGAAAAAGACAGCUACCCAAGCGCCAGCUUGACAGCGGAAAUGCAUCACCAGUUGGAGCAAUGGCGCGCGAACCUCCCGCCAUCACUCCAAUUCUCGGACCAAGAUGAUGCCAGCGACUCACCCAGCCCUGCACACGUGAUUGCCAAAGCGAUGUUACGCAGUCGCUACCUCGUCGCAAAACUCCACAUCGGUCGGCCAUUUCUGUAUAAAGCGCUACAUGCCCCAGCCUACACCAACGAAGCAGAGUAUGAUGAAGUGCGUAAGGGACUACGGGGUGGCAUGUACUGGCCAACGACCAUGGGGCUCUGCACGCAGAUGUUGUCGGCACUACCGAUAAAAUUCGGCUGGUGCUGUCAAUGCUUUGGACAGGUGCUCCUAUUCCAUGCAGUUGCACGAAGCCCGGACCCCAAACUACGGGAAACUCUGCCGGGGGGAUGGCGGGAGUGGGUGACCAUCAUGAUGACGCUGAUCGAGAGUUGCGCAAGGAGUAGUCCGGGUAUUGCCAAGGACUAUGAGCUGUUGCGUCUGCUGGACGCCUAA